AUGGCCUCCUUCCGCCCAGAGCGUCGAGCUCCAGGGGACUAUGGUGACAUGAAGGGCAUCACACAGGAUGAAAUAUCCAAGCUUCAAAAGGCCAUGAAGCAGAAGCAGUUUCGCGACCAUAUCGAUGAGUACACUCGGGAGGUCUCAGACCCUGCUCAUCGACAAGAGUACUUGGAUUACUUGGCCCAGAUCGAGGCCCUAAGGGGUGGAUGUCAAAGGCCAAAGGAGAAAUGCCAGAAGGACAGCAGCUCCUUCGUUGUCAGCCUGGCCUUUGCGUAUCGAGAUAUGGACAAGGAGGGUCCAAAGUUUUCCGUCGACACUCCCGCACCGCGGCCGCAGAUGAUGGCCGUGGAGAUGCAAGCGCUGACUCCAGAGGAGCGCGAGCGCCGUCGGCAGCUUGCGGCUGAAAAGGCCCAAGAGCGACAAGAUGUGUCUAUGGCACGCGGCAUUGGCAACACAAGCAAGGUGAAAAGCUUGCAGGAGCGUGGCGAAAAGGACAUGCUCUUGGGCCGUUUGGAGGAGCUCUAUGCCAAGUCUGGCGAGGAGUUGCCAAUGCACGUGCGAAUGUUGAGCCUGCAACAGCUGCUUGCCUGUGAUCAUAGCAUUGGCAUAGCAAUGCCAUGUUUUGAUAUGUUUCGCAGCGUUGAAGGUGGUUGGAGGUUGUUGGAGGUGGUCGCUGCAAAGGCAGAUCAGGUUCAUACAGACAGGCUAGACGAUAUGCAGCUCAUCAAGGCGGAGAGUGGUGAGGGCCAGCAGGUCCACCUGCCUUACAGCCUUUCACCUCCACGACCUGAUCGCGAUCAGAAGGAUGAGUAUUGCAUGACCUGCGACUUUGCUGUCAGCACUGGAACCUUCCAGCGGGCGGCACAGAACUCGCAGAUCCUGAAGCUUCUGAUUGACACUGCAGCUGACGGUUUGUCGCAACAGUUUCUGAAAGGUCACGAGGAGGUUAGCAAAGAUUAUAAAGUGAUGCAGCGCAUGGCCUGCAAAGGAGGUCAGCCGAUGCCAAUGUCUGUUCGAGCAGAGCUGUUAAAGAAAGGUGCAAAGUCUCAGGCACCAAAGACCGUGCCGAACAAGGACGCCAUCACACCAGCAGAGUUGAAAGAGAUGCGCCAAGAGGCCAAACGGAAGAAGAUGUCUGGAGUCCCUCAGGAGGGUAAAGAAGAGGAGGCCGCACUCUCAGUCUGUGAGGCCGCAAACAGCUGCCACAUUGGCCACUUGUCCAGUAUCAUGAGGUGGUUCCAGGCAGAAUACGUGUUCCACAGCAUCGGUCAUGAAGCUCAGGGCUUCAGAAGUUGUGUUUUCUGGUUGCUGAUUCAGGAGGAGAAGCAUAGGCUGUCGGAUGCAGAUCAGCAGCUGUUCGAAAAGGUUCAGGAGACUCGACACUUCAUCAAUGGACAGUUGAUUGAGGUGAUCGAGGUCCUGUCCGAAAAGGUGGAUGAGAAUCGACGGGAGAUUCGGAACUUGGCAGAGAUGACUCAGAAGAGCUUGAAGCAAAUCCGCCAAAAGGUCAACCAGCACAGUGACCAGCUUGGCGAAGCGGAGGACUUGGCAGAAGUAGAGCUGCCACUUAUUGGUGCUGCUGUGGCACAAGGUGAGGCUAGCCAAGCUCACAAAAUUGAGCAGCUGGCCCAUCUGGCCAAACUGCUGCAGAUGCAGCAGCAAAUGGAUGUGAAGAUGGAAAAGAUGCUGAAUCGCUCUCAUCACAGAGUGAAAGAGGAGAUUGCCCAGCUCAAAGGCAAAGUCAGCCAAGUCAACAAGACGAACCAACGACUUCAACAAAAGCUGCUGCAGAAUGAAAGGGGUGCUUCAUCAGUUUCGAAUGAAAGCUCUGCGACAAAGGAAAUGCAAGCUUUCCAAAGAGAAGCUGCCAAGAAGAACCAAGAUGAGGACAAGAAGAUUGACAAUCUCCAUACCAAAUUCGGACAAUUCAUAGCAGACACUGACACCAAGAUGAAUCAGCUGGAAGCUCAGCUCCAUAAGGGUGAGAGCAACGAAGCCAGAAUCAAUUCCUUGGAUGAGAGGAUGUUCGAAUUGCGUUCCAGCCUCGUUGCAGAAAUGAACAGCAUGUCCCAAUUGCAGUCGAAUGUCGCCGCAGAAAUGCACAGUCGAGACAAGUGGAUGUUGAUCCAGGAAGUUCUGUUGUGCAUUUGCAUGGGCAUUGCCUUUAUGGCAGCACAUCCAAUGCUGCUGAGGUCGCCUCAGUUCAGGCCGUCGCUUCAAGAGCCGUUGCUGGCCACAGACACCCCCAGUUCAGAACAUUCCUUUUCCGUGAUCUCGGCGCAAGCAGUACCGCUGCCACAGCUCUUCUUAAAGCGAACAGCCAUGAGUCUGCAAGAAGGCCCUCCUGUUGCUGCUGAAGAUCUUCGGCCCAACUGUUCCGUGCGUGCCGCUACAGGGGGAUGGCUUGAGGUGGAAGCAGUGACCUUCAAACAUGUCCAGCAGUGCGAUGUGAUUCAGUUGACCUUGGAGGGGGAUGCACCAAAUCUGUGCAUCACUGCACGUCAACGUGUUGCCCGUGCUUCGAGGGAGAAAGAGGUCGUACCCGCUAUGGAAUUGCGCGAAGGGGACUCAAUCUUGUAUCACGGCAGCUGCUUGGAAGUGAAGAAGUUCGAGCGCCAGACUCUCCACAACGUUGAGCUUGUGGAGGUUCUUUUUGAUGCUGACGGAGCAGUGGAGACGCUGGCAGAUGCUGACACCGAUUACAUCGAAUUGCACGAUUCCCUGCAUCUUCCACGGCAUGAGAUCAAAGUAUCGCAGUGGAUUUUGUCGGAGGCAAUUCAGAGGAGAGUUGUCGUUGAUGCAAUUUGCACCUGCAGGGAUAUAGAUGCGAGAGCGAAAGGGGAACAGACGCCGACUGUAUUUUUGGUCAUCUCGAACGUUUGCCUCGGAGUCUACACUUUGGAGUUUUUUCUCCACCUUGCUGUGGGAGGCUUUGGCAUUCUGACUGAUUGGGCGGUCCUUCUUGACAUUCUAGUGAUUCUGAGCGGGAUUGCCGAACUAGUUGUCAGUGCAGCUGUUCCAGACGACCCGUUGAGCGGAAUGAACGUGGUGCGUGCACUGCGGCUUGGAAGGAUUCUACGAUUGACCCGCUUUUUGAGGAAGCUUCGAACUUUUCGAGAGCUCCACAAACUAGCCACUAUGAUGGCAACUUGUGCCAAGACCCUCUUGUGGUCCUUCCUGUUGUGCUUCAUGGCGAUGACCGUCUGGAGCAUGUUAAUGGUGGAAACUGUAAAUCCUUUGCUGCAGGAAUUGCAGGCUGUGUCUGGCACUUUUGACGAAUGUGGAAUGCGCUGCCAACGAUCCAUGACCUCAGUCAUGGAAGCUAACUUGCUGUUGUUCCAGACCGUCAUUGCAGGUGAUGGUUGGGGCGAGAUUGCUGUGCCUCUGAUCCAAGCAUAUCCUGGCUCUGCCAUUAUCUUUAUGGGUUCGUCCUUGACGCUUGUUUUCGGGGUUUUGAAUCUGAUCGUGGCAGUCGUAGUAGACACAUUUGCCGAUGCUCGGCAAAAUGAUAUGCAGAAUUUGGCAGAAGAGAUGGAAGACGAGAUUCAACAUGAUAGGAAGACAUUGGCAAAACUUUUCUCGAGGAUUGAUGCGGACGGUAGCGGCCAGGUGACUUUGGAAGAGUUGAUUGAAGGAGCGCGGAGAGAUUCGGACUUCCAGAGUCGAUUGCGUGUGAUGGACAUUGAUGAAAAUGACCUGCAGAUGCUCUUUGAAAUGAUUGAUCUGGAUGGAUCUGGAGCUAUAGAGGCAGCGGAGUUCAUUGGCCCACUGAGCCGCUGGGCACAUGACUCCAAGACAGCACCUCGCUUUAUCAAAUACAAUUUGAUGCAGACCAUGAAGAUUCAGGAGGAUCUGUAUGACUUGUGCGAAGAUUGUUUCAAAUACCUGGCCCUUCAGAUAGACAAGGUUUUCGGUGAAGUGAAGGGUUUGAAGGAGAUGAAGUCACCGAAGUCCGAGAAGAAAGACAACCUCACGGUUGCAGCCAGAACAGCGAACGAAGAGCAAGUUGGACCUGACAGCUCCAAGGAAGUUGAAGAAAAAGUGGAGAUAAACCCAUCCAAGGAGGUUGGACAGUUGCUGGUCGGGAAAAUUGGUAGUACUACAUUGCCGUCAGAUCCGUCAGGCGCGUCAAGCCUGUCAGGCGCUCACAGUGCCCAAAUCAAUGCUGCACUGGAACGUGCGGUUGCUGACCUGCAAGCUUCAUUGCGAAGACUGGAGGUCUUUUCAGUGGAUGCCAACGAGAUGGUCAAAAAGUGGUCCGAACUGCCAGUCGAUAUGCAGCGUCGAAACAGGCACCAAGAUUUAUCCACCGGGUCGAGUGCUUCCAAGGCUGAUGUGUUCUGGGCGCACUACAUGGACCGUGAGCGCGACACCGGAGCCAAGCGGAAGACACAAAAGCUCGGGCCUCCAGCAUCCCGGACUCGCCGCAGUGGUGCAGCUGGAAGUUCGCCCUCCACUCCAGUCUCGGCUCACUUACCCUUCGGGACCCGAAAGUCGGAUGCGACAUCAGAACUCUCACAUCGUUCAUCAGUUGUUAGGCUGGUCCAUUCGGGGCACCUUGACCUUUCAGACUUCAUGGAGGUGAACGGGAGGGCAGAUCCGAACACGGUCAAUUCUAUUCCAAGGCAUUUGCGGUUGGUUGUGGAAUUGCCCACCGUGAAGCGCAGCAGCGACAUUAAGAUGGAGGUGACGUGCGAUAAUGUCGUUGUCGAGGUAGAGGGCAAGUUCUACUUGGACAUGCCUUUGCCAUAUGAAAUAAACGAGAGCAGUGGCAGUGCCAAAUUUGACAAGGCAAAGCAUACCUUGACUCUAGAGCUCCCUGUGGUGCCUAAGAUGCCAUCACCAGAGGCUUUGGCAGCAGCACGACGCCUUCAAGGCCCAGCGCAGGCCAGCGAAGCAUCAAAGGAGCCAGAUGAGGCCCAAGAUGAUGUGGAAGCCGAGGCACCUGCGCCGAGCAGCAUCACAGUGCCGACGGUGCUCACCGAAGAGGCACUGAAAGGGGCGAAAAUCGAAGCAGAUGGAAUUCGAAUUCAGAUGAGAAACAAGUCAUUCGAAUUCAUUCGACAGGUGGAACAUAUCGAAACGAUAACAAUUUGGAAGCUGAAACCCGACACUGGGCUGCGAGAUUUGGACAUGGCAGUGGAUCGAGCUGUGACACCCAGAAGCAGAAAGACGGAUGCUGUCUCCGCCUCUGGUGGCUGGUCUCAGACUGGAAGCGUUUGGUAUUUGCAAUCAGACGCGCUACAACACCGCCCUGGGGACUCAAAGCGAGGGUCCGCUGCUCCCGAGCCGAGUGAAAGACGUCCGGAGGGUCCUGGAACUGAGUGGACGCCCGCGGCACCACCAGCACCACCGUCACCACGGGCGGAGACAGCUUCACCUACACGCCCGGUCCAGAUGACUGGCUCCAGGGCAGAGGCGGAGUCCCCGAAGUGCAAGCGCUGUGAACUUAGUGCCAUGGAGGUGAACAUCAUUGCCCAGGCCUUUGUUGGUUUCUGUGCCAAAGUCCUCAGCUGGGCCCACGACCUUAGCCGCCGAAAGCGUGAAGUGCUGGCCACCACAGUGCUGGACAACGCACGUGAGCUGCAGGAGUAUGCGUUGCCGUGCCAACAUUUAAGCCCAGAGAUUCGCUUCCUCAGCGAAGAAGUGAAAGACGUUCAGUACGAUGGAGAAGAUCAUGACGACAACUUUGAUGCGUUGAAGCGACACAUGCAACAGCUUUCGGAGGAUUACGCCCGAGUAGUAGAGGACAACCACGCAUUGAGACAAGAGCUUAAGGGGCGAACUGAAGAGUUGCAGCAGAUGGAAAAGAAGCUCAAUACGGCCCGUGAAGCUCAGUCCGAGUCUCCAAGGAAGGCCUCCCGAGUCUCAGUGGAGUUUGAAAGCGCCAAGGUCCAAGAAGAUGUACCAGAGGCAUUGGACCUGGAGUUUGACAGCAAGAGCAUCGCUGUGGCUCCAGAGGUACUGGGUGUGUUUGCAACUUUGCAAUGGAUUUGUGCUGAGCAGGCCUUUGUCCAUGAGAUGAGGAACUCACAGGGUGUUCCAUUCAAGUCGCUCUCCAAGCUUCAGCUGAGCAUCAUUCUGGCAACACCAAAGCUGUUGCAAAUCAAAGGGCCGGUGCAUGAGGAGAUUUUGGCAGCUUUGCAGCCCAAGGGCAUCGCUGUGAUGGGCUGUGAAGGGAGGGUGCAGGGCACCCCACGUCCGUCCACCUCAUUGCAAAGCAGUGGCGCAUCCAAGACACAAAGCCGUGCUGACGAACCCUGGAGCGAAGUAAGCGCAGUGGGCGCAGUGCCAUCCAAGUCAGUGCCCAGGGCAGCUGCUGUGCCGCCCGUGCGUCCACGGCGUAUUACUUGGCCAGCAAAAGGCCGUGCGAGCAUUUCCGGUGCGAAGAACGUGGUGCGACUCUUGUGGGAUGGCUUGAGUCCAGAGCACAUCCUAUUGGAGACCUUUCGAGAAGAGCUCUUAAAUCGAUUCCGCCUUCUGGGGUAUCCGCAAGCCAGGAUGUCGGUGUUGUCGCUUGACAACGUGCAAACUCCUGAACGAAUGCUUGGCAAAGUGCUGGUACAAGUGCAUGCCGGGCCUGAAUGGAUCAUGGCCACGCCGCCCAUCAGUGAGGAAGAUGACCUGCAAUACUUCAAGGCACUUCCCUUGACAUCUCUUAAGAUCAUGGGCUGCCAGACACAGGUCAUUGAUGCCACAGUGCCGGAGACAGCCCCUGCAGCUGCUCAAGCAGAAGAGGCUGCAACUGAAGCAGGCCUGGAAGCAGGAGACUCAAAGCCAGAGGCCGCAGAAGAAGCGGUCCCAGUCGAAAAGCCACAGGCAGAAGCUCCGUGUGACGCACCGAAAGAUGUGAGCUCCGCACUUUUACAGAAAUACUAUGCGAAACACGCUGAAGAGGCCGAGGUCAUACCUCCAGAGGCCAAGCCUGAGGUGCCCGAGGUGCCCGUUGAGGCUGAGGUAAAGCCCCCAGAGGCUUCAAAAGCAGAGGCAGACACGGCAGACACGGCAGACAUUGCAGACACUGCUGCAGACGCGCAACAGCAUGCUAAAGAGGAAGCCAAAGAGGAAGCUGGAGAGGGCAAAGAGGAGGCCAAAGGGGAUGGCCAAGAGGAAAAAGCAGGUCAGGAAGAGACCGAAAUGCCUUCAGCCCAAGAACAAGCUGAACCAGAGUCUGCCAAAGAGACACCGCAGGAAUCUGAUCCGGACCAGGCUGUCAAGGGUGAAGCUACGGAAGCUCCGCAAGAGGAGGCGAAAGAAGCAGAAGCUGAAUUAACUCCACCUGCCCCGACCGAGACACACACUGAGGUAAAGGAAGGUGAGCAGACUGAAGAGUCAUCCGGCAAUGCCCAGAAGAAUGAACAGGAAGAUGUCGAACCCAAAAAAGAGGAGGAUGCGGCCAAUUCAGAGGAUGAGAUUCACUCUGAGAUGAAACUCCGAUACCUCAUCGCCGCAUCGCUUUACAUUGACGUCCAGGAGAAGGAUCAAAGCUGGCCCGUGACAUCUGACCACUUCGAGUUGGUUCAGAAGGCAGACAGAGCCGGAGACGAACUUGAAGAUCCUGAAGCAGGCGCACCCUUGGAUUUGGAGGAAGAGCCUGAGGCAACUGAGGAAACCAAGGAGGCUGAUCCGGUCAACGCGCUUCCCGAGGUGGAAGGCACUUCACCUGGGCAGGAGCUGCAAAAGACUGUUGAGGAACCACAAGAGGCUCAGCGGCCACUCUUGGAGCUGGAUCAAGGAGCCUCCCUGAGAAUUGUGGAGCCACAGGCCAUUGAGGAGCUGCCCGAGGGAUCCACGGUGGAAGAGAUGGAGGAGCCUAUGGACAUGCCAAGCUUCUGUGCAGCUGACAGCUUUGAGGGUGCUAGACAAGGCUACUUCUUUGGCACCGGCAGUGAGGGCCUGGGCUACUACCGGGAUUUACGACAGUCUCAACGGCCAAGACCCCCCAGGCCGGCGGAGACAAUUGCCAUCCAGAAACCACUAGUGGAGGAGGUGGAGGUCACGCCAGCCACUCUGCCUGAGUAUGCUAAGCAGUUUGUGGAGGUGUCCUCGGCGCUGACAAAGCGGCUUCCUGCUGAUGAAGUCGAGGUAAUAAUGGAGGAGCCUGAGCUCCUUCAUCGUGUGGGUCGGCAGAACCUGCUGCUCCAAAUACCUUUGCCUGGUCAGGAAUUUGUAGAUCUUCGUCUCAGCUCAGUUGGGCGCCGCCUUACAUUGUCCUUUUGUGCAAGGCCCGUGGAAGGUGCAAGCCUCAGUUUGCUGCGACAUUUGAUUGUCCCGCGAUUGUGCAGUCUUGCGCUUUACAGAAUGAUGGCCAAGCUUGGAUGUGCCUUGGCUUUGGCUUCCCUAUCUUCCCUCAUCAAGGCUAAUGCUGAGACCGAAGCCGAUCUCUUCAAGGAGGUGAACGCGAUGCAACUGGCAUUGGCAGAUCAGAAGAAGAUGCUUGAGACCAAUACACUCAACAUGGACAGCUUCGACAAGUCCCGGCGACUGCAAUCCACUUAUGUGACAAAGAGUGCGUUCGAUACAGCAGUCACACCUCUUCUGGAAAAGUACUAUAGUUUCACUGGAGCCCUCGAUUCAGCUUGGCUCUGCCUUUGUGGUGCCCUGGUCAUGUUCAUGCAUGCCGGGUUCGCUAUGUUGGAGACCGGAAGCUGCCGCGCAAAGAAUGCGUCCAAUGUCCUCAUGAAGAAUUUGGUUAAUGUUUGCGUCGGUACUUUGGGUUGGUGGGCCUUUGGCUGGGCUUUCGCAUAUGGUGACGAGGCGAAAUCAGCCGGUGGCAAUGGUUUCAUUGGGGCAAGUGGCUUCUUUGGCUGGGACUUCUACACGAGAGAUGGUAGCACAGGAGCUAUCACACCUGUUGCAUCUUGCGACGUUGAGGGCUGCCAGAGCAAGAUGCUCUCCUGGUUCUUCCAAUGGGCCUUCUGCACCGCAGGUGCCACCAUUGUCAGUGGUGGUGUUGCAGAACGUGUAAAGAGCCCAACCUACGCAGCCUACGCCUUCUUCAUGACAAGCUUCAUCUACCCAGUGAUUGUUGCUUGGACCUGGGGUUAUGGCUGGAUUAGCACCAUUUUCGAUUCAGUCGGCUUCAUGGAUUUUGCCGGAUCCGGCAUUGUGCACCUGACUGGUGGCGUUUCUGCCCUUGCUGGCACAGUGGUGUUGGGACCUCGCAAGGGCCGAUUCGAACGCCCUGAUGAGUUUGAGGCCCACAACCUUCCACUUGUGGUCCUUGGCACCUUUUGCCUGUGGUUCGGAUGGUAUGGUUUCAACCCUGGAUCCACCUUGGGCAUGAGGAGUGGCUCGACGGGCGCGAUGGCAGCACAGGUGGCUAUGAACACGACCAUCUCGGCAGCCACUGGUGGCCUGUGCGUUUUCUUGUUCCGGGCAUUCAUCACUGGAAAGUAUGAUGUCGGUGGCCUUUGCAACGGCAUUCUGGCCGGUUUGGUGUCGAUUACUGCUGGCUGUGGCAGCAUGGAAUGUGGCAGCGCUUGCUUCACCGGCUUCAUGGGUGCACUUGUGUAUCAAGGCGCCUCCAUGUUGCUGCAAAAGUUGCAUAUAGAUGACCCUGUGGAUGCCAGCCCAGUCCACGGUUUCUGCGGCAUUUGGGGAGUGUUGGCUGCCAGCCUCUUCGACUGGGGCGCAGGCAUGAACCACUACCAUGGCUGGAAUGGAUUCGACUGCAUGACAGACGAUGCGAACGUAUGCAGGCAAAACAUUGGAGGAACUGGAGUGGCUGCCAACAUUAUCCUGAUCCUUAUGGUCAUCGUUUGGGCUGGAAGCUUCUCCUUUUUGGCUUUCUUCAUCCUCAAGAAAACUGGCUUGCUGCGAAUUGAUGAGGAGACCGAAUCUACCGGCCUUGACAUCAAGCACCACUCUCCUCCGAAGGCCUACCAGAUGGCAAGCUCCACCGGUGGAGUUGCUGCAAGCGAGCACUCCCCGGCUAAGGCAUAUGGACCAGUCUGA